AAAACCAAAAUCGGGAUUACUUCCCUUGGUUUGAGCAUGCGCAAUGAGAAGCAUUCCUGACAACCACCGACUGCAGAAGAAAAAUUGUACAUCAAAUUGAAAAAAAUGGCUAAUAUACAGAUAAAGGAAGGCGAAUUUACGUCAACUAUUUAUGGAAUGAUAAGAGAGUCAAGAUUUAGUGAAGCUGUUCAAGUUCUCAAUAACCAGCUACAAACUCACCAAAGGUCAAGAGCAGCCUUGUCAUUGCUUGGGUAUUGCUAUUACCAGAUGCAGGAUUUUGUGAAUGCGUCUGACUGUUACGAACAGUUGUCGAUGAUGCACCCUGAGAUAGAGGAGUACAAACUGUACUAUUCCCAGGCUCUUUACAAGGCUUGUUUGUAUGCAGAGGCUAUGAAAACUGCUUGUCAAAUUGAUAAUCCUGCUAGACAAGGGGAGAUGGUACAUAUGGGCACACCUGAAUAUAAGGUGAUCAAACUGCAAGCUGCCAUCAAGUAUGGUGAGGAAGAUUUACCAGGAGCAAAGAGCUUGGUUGAACAGUGCCCUACAGACGACCCAGAUACAGAGAUUAAUCUAGGGUGUCUCCUCUUCAAGGAACAUCGUUUUGAGGAAGCCUGCAACAAGUUCGCUACAGCUAUACAAAUACUUGGAUAUAAACCAGAUUUAUCGUACAAUAUAGCUCUCUGUCACUAUAUGAUGAAACAGUAUGCACCAGCACUUAAACAUAUAGCUGAUAUAAUAGAGAAAGGAAUCCGAGAACAUCCAGAGUUGAGUGUUGGCAUGACAACUGAAGGAAUUGAUGUUCGUAGUGUUGGAAACUCCCUCACACUUCAUGAGACUGCCCUUGUUGAGGCCUUCAACCUGAAAGCAGCUAUUGAAUAUCAGCUGAAAAACUUUGAGGCAGCAUGUGAAGCCCUGACAGACAUGCCACCUAGAGGUGAGGAGGAGUUAGAUGCUGUCACCCUGCAUAACCAGGCACUGAUGAACAUGGACAAUGACGCCACACAAGGCUUCGAGAAGCUCCAGUUCCUUCUACAGCAAAACCCGUUCCCACCAGAGACGUUUGGCAACCUGCUCAUUUUAUAUGUGAAAUAUGAGUACUAUGACCUGGCCGCAGAUGUUCUAGCGGAAAAUGCCCACCUGACAUACAAGUACCUGUCCAGUUAUCUGUAUGAUUUCCUGGAAGCUGUGAUAACGAGACAGACUUCCCCUGAAGAGGCUUACAGGAAGUUAGAUGAGAUGGCAACCAAACAGACUGAAACCCUGAGAAAACUUACCAAACAGGUACAAGAGGCUCGACAGAACCAUGAUGAUGAGGCAGUGAAAAGAGCAGUUAAUGAAUAUGAUGAGGCCCUGGAAAGGUAUAUACCUAUCCUCAUGCAACAAGCAAAGAUUUACUGGGACAUGGAAAACUAUCAACAGGUGGAGAAGAUUUUCCGUAAAUCUGUGGAGUUCUGUAACGAGCACGACACGUGGAAACUGAACGUAGCUCAUGUGCUCUUCAUGCAGGAGAACAAGUACAAGGAGGCGACAGGAUUCUAUGAACCCAUCGUGAAGAAGAAUUAUGAUAAUAUUCUGAAUGUGAGUGCUAUAGUACUAGCCAACCUUUGUGUAGCCUACAUCAUGACCAGCCAGAAUGAAGAGGCUGAAGAGUUGAUGAGGAAGAUAGAAAAGGAGGAGGAACAGGUGGCGUAUCAGGACCCUGAGAAGAAAAUUUAUCAUCUCUGUAUUGUAAACCUUGUUAUUGGGACACUUUAUUGUGCAAAGGGCAAUUACGAGUUUGGUAUAUCGCGCGUGAUCAAGAGUUUGGAGCCAUACAACAAGAAGCUCGGUACGGACACAUGGUACUAUGCGAAGCGCUGUUUCCUGUCCCUCAUUGAGAACAUGUCAAAACAUAUGAUAAUGAUGAGAGAUUCAGUGAUCCAGGAGUGUAUACAGUUCCUUGAAUGUUGUGAAAUGUAUGGACGGGAAGUUAAGGCUCUUAUAGAGCAGCCCCUGGAAGCCGAGCCGAUGCAUCCUGGGAAAAAUACAGUUACAUAUGAAUCUCGACUCCUGAAGGGACUUCUACUACAGCUUAUGUAAACUUAGGAAAGAAAUAACAUUUGAAAUAUCCAUAGGUAUAAAGAUUCAUAAAAAAAGAUUAUCCAUUAUGGCUGUUUUAGGGGAAAAAGUAACACUUGGAAUAUCCAUACAUAUGAAAGAUUUGUAAAAAAAAGAUUAAUGCAAAAUUGACUAUUGAUUUCUUUUUAAACAGUAAUUUUGUGUGAUCAAAUUCUCUUUUCAUUAAUUUCAGUAAUCUGGAUAACUUGUACUGGUUUGUGCUUCAUUUGCCUCUUGUGUUAGAUAAAUGUAACCCAAUUAUUGUUCAUCAUAUAAAACGUGAUUAAUAUUAAGAAAUUGACAAAAGAAAUGAUGAAUAUAUUGUAUAUGAAACAUUAAUACCUAUCAAGUUUAGUAAUACAAACCUUUAAAAUAAACCAAUCAACUGAAUGAAAAAUAAACCAACUGAUACUUGAUACAUCUGUUCAUGUUAAAUAUAUAUCAUACAUUCACAAGAAUUUAAAAAAUUGUCAGUGCAUUAAAAUAAGCUAAAUUUUAAAAAUGGAAUGUUUAAAAAUUAUCUUUUUUAUAACUUAUGUAAAUUGUUGAUUAUUUGUGUGUUACUUAAUGAAACAUAUUUUUUUUCUUUGAUUUGUUAACAAUCUAGUUCCGUCCACUUAUAAAAGCUUGUUUAUAUAUUAUAUUUAUUAUGAGUAACUUAUUUUCUAAUAAAAUUGUUGGUUAAGCAAAAAC